UCCGUCGGUUCGACGAUGGGUUGUAUCGGAUCUUCUCAGGCCAACAAUGAAGGAGGUGUAAGAAAGAAGAAAAUUCGGAAACCUAAACCGUGGGCACAUACUGAGCCAAUCACAAGGGCACAACUUGUCAAUAUGCGUGAGGAGUUUUGGGACACUUCUCCACACUAUGGUGGUCAGAGAGAGAUAUGGGAGGCGCUUCGAGCUGCUGCUGAAGCUGACUUGAAACUAGCACAGACUAUUGUUGAAAGUGCAGGCGUGAUUGUCCAGAAUCGUGAUCUAACAUUGUGUUGGGAUGAAAGAGGUGCUAGAUAUGAGCUUCCUAGGUAUGUUCUCAGUGAGCCAACGAAUCUGAUUAGAGAGGAGGGACAGUAAGUUCCAUGAACAUUGACACAACAAGAAAAGCUUAGUAGAAGUAGUAGAAGAAGAAGCAAAGUAGACUAGAAGAAUCUGAAGUAAGUCUCUCAUACUCUUUACUUCUAGCCAAUUGAUAGAGAACAGAAAUGAUACACUAGUAGUACAAGCGUUCUGUAUAGUUAGUUUACUGGUGGAAUCUAAAGUCAGAGAU